AUGCAACUAAACGUUUUGCCUGCAACUUUGGCUGCUUUGAAGGCGGACGGCACGAUACGAUGCCUUGCCGAUGUCAAGUACCAGCCCGCGUCCCGGCACUCGUCGACGGCGUUUGCCCUGGCUAGGAAUCUGGCCGACGAGUUCACCGCUGCUCUCGUUGGCCAGCUUGGCCACGCAACGGCCACACCCUCAGGCUCAUCAUCACCACCCACAAACACCUGCAAGGCUGCCAGCGCGCAGGCACAGCUGUACGCCACACAGCUCCGCCGCCGCGACCGCAUGCUCGUUUGUUUCGACGUGUUUCUCGACUGCUGCACGCCCGCGUUCCGCAGGGAGAUAGACGAGACGGCCGCGCGGCCCAUCCACGCGGUUGCCAAGCUAGGAGACGACGACAGGUACCAGGUGGACAGGAAGCCGCCCCUGGAUGCGAGGGUUGCCCGCGAGAUUGCGUGGAUACAGGAGGUCGACGAGGGCCCGCGUCCGUACUUCACUGACGACAUGAACCCGCCAUGCUAUGACGACGGAAUCCGCGUUGAAGACAAUUUGGAAGAGCUUUAUCCGGGCUUCUCACCCUCGGAGCGUACUGGCCACCGGGAGUGA